UAAUUCUUAUUCACUUUGGUCCUUCUUCCGCUUUCCGGCAUUAGCUCUGCGUCUCCGGCCAGCUGGUGCGGAUGUUCGUCCUUCUUCGUCUUCCAUGUCAAGAAUCCUCGCCGCUCGGAGCUACGGCCUCUUUCAAGUUUUCUUCUUUUCGACUUCACCGUCACGUACCACCAACCCCAGUAAUGGAACGGCGGUCCGCAAACUAUCCCGCCUCUCUUCGGCGCCGGACCUCCUUCCCCUCUGCUCGAACGCACAGUCCCUCCUCGAAACCAAACAGCUGCACGCCCUCGCCAUCCUCAACGGCCUCCUCCCGCGCAGCGUCUCCAUCUGCGCCGCCCUCAUCCUUGGAUACGCCUCCCACGGACACCUCCAGUCUUCCAGCAUUCUGUUUCAACAGACGGUGCCCUUUUGCUACACGGCAUUCCUGUGGAACACUUUCAUUCGGGCACAGUCCGUUUGCGGAAUUCAUGACGGGUUCUCAACUUAUAACUCGAUGGUUUGGGCAGGGCUUCGUCGAGACGAUCACACGUUCCCCUUCGUGCUUAAGACGUGUGCGGAUUAUUCAGAGGUUGAGAAAGGGAUGGAGAUUCAUGGGGCUGUGUUUAAGCUUGGAUUUGAUGGCGACGUUUAUGUGGGCAACACGCUGGUGCAGUUUUACGGGAGUUGCAGGAAUGUGAAGAGUGCAGCGAAGGUUUUUGAUGAAAUGCCUGAGAGAGAUGUGAUUUCGUGGAAUACUGCAAUCGGGGUGUUCUCGAUUAAUGGGCUUUACCUGGAUGCAGUCGGUCUGUUCCAAGACAUGAUUUCUGCUUCUGGUUUGAGUCCGAAUCUUGUCAGUGUUAUUAGUGUUCUCCCCGUCUGUGCAACGGUUGAGGAUGAGAAAAUGACAAGUCAGAUUCACGGGUACAUGAUUAAAACGGGAUUGGAUGUAAUUGUGACUGCUGGGAACGCACUAGUUGAUGCAUACGGGAAGUGUGGGAGCAUGAAGGCCGCGAAGCGGGUCUUCAAUGAGAUGACCGAGAGGAGCGAAGUCUCCUGGAAUGCAAUCAUCACGAGUUUUGCUUAUAGAGAGCUCCAUGGAGAUGCAUUGAGUACCUUCAGGUUAAUGAUUUUGGAGGGUUUGACACCGAACACGGUAACAAUUUCAAGUAUGCUCCCGGUGCUGGUCGAAUUAGAAUUUUUCAAUUUAGCAAAGGAACUCCAUGGCUUCAGUAUGAGAAGGGGUAUAGAAUCUGAUAUAUUCAUUGCCAACUCACUGAUUGAUAUGUAUGCAAAAUCCGGGCAUCCAACUGAAGCAUCCUGUGUAUUUAAUAAGAUGACCAGGAGGAAUGUCGUGUCCUGGAAUGCCAUGGUUGCAAAUUUUGCUCAAAAUAGGUUCGAGUUCAAAGCAUUGAAUCUUAUAAGAGAAAUGCAAAAUCACGGUGAAACCCCCAACUCUGUCACCUUUACCAGUUUACUUCCGGCUUGUGCUAGGAUGGGUUCUCUUAGAUAUGGAAAAGAAAUCCAUGGAAGGGCAAUUCGCAUGGGAUUGGCCUUUGAUUUGUUCGUCUCCAAUGCCCUUGUGGACAUGUAUGGAAAGUGCGGUGGCUUAAACCUUGCUAAAAAUGUUUUUAGUAACUUGUGGCAGAGAGAUGAAGUAUCAUAUAACUCACUGAUAGUGGGCUACUCCCAGACCAGUGAGUGCAUUGAAUCCCUCAUCUUGUUCUGGGAAAUGCAGCUCACAGGUAUGAAACAUGAUGUUGUUUCGUUCGUGGGCGCUAUCUCGGCGUGUGCAAAUUUAGCAGCACUCAAGCAAGGAAGAGAGAUCCACGGGAUAGUGGUCAGGAAACUCUCGCAUGAGCAUCUUUUUGUGGCUAACUCACUGUUGGAUUUGUACACAAAAUGCGGACGAAUUGAUAUUGCCAAGACAGCCUUUGAUCGUAUUCCGAUUAGGGAUGUAGCCUCUUGGAACACUAUGAUCUUAGGGUACGGAAUGCUAGGAGAGCUGGACGUUGCAAUCAGUCUCUUUGAAGCCAUGAAGUACGAUGGCGUAGAGUAUGAUUCAGUUUCCUACAUUGCAAUUUUAUCUGCUUGUAGCCAUGGAGGACUGGUUGAAAGGGGAAGAAAUUACUUCAAUGAGAUGCAAGGCCGAAAUGUUAAGCCAACAACAAUGCAUUAUGCCUGCAUGGUCGAUCUUCUUGGGCGAGCUGGUCUAAUGGACGAAGCUGUGAAUCUCAUUAAAGAUAUCUCAGUUGAGCCUGACGCUAAUGUCUGGGGAGCUCUUCUAGGAGCUUGCCGUCUCCACGGGAGUAUAGAGUUGGGGUGCUGGGCUGCUGAUCAUCUAUUUAAGCUGAAGCCAAAUCAUUGUGGGUAUUACGCCCUUUUAUCAAAUAUGUAUGCAGAAGCAGGGAGAUGGGAUGAUGCUGACAGGGUGAGAGAACUGAUGAAGUCGAGGAGAGUGAAGAAGGAUCCAGGCUUUAGCUGGGUUCAGAUCCGUGAUCAAGUGCAUGCUUUUGUUGUUGGAGAGAAGUUAGAGAAUUUGGAUACAAUGUAUUGUCCCGGCGAAUGUGGUUGGUAGUUGACAAGGCUUCAGAACCAGCACUGCCAUUUUUUCAGCCGGAUGUCGAGUCAGGUAGAAAACUUUGCAGAAAAGGAAACGGCGGACAAUUAUCCAACCCCAAGCAAAUUGAUUUUUCAGUUCAAAAGAAGACGGAAAUUGAGUUAACAUUACUCGAUUAAACAGAGAGAGAUUAUCCUUUAUGACAAAUACUCUGAUGCUAAAUUUGGCCCUGAAAAACUGCAGGUCUCAACACCAGAGGAUAUGCACAUGAUCCGGAGUUUUAACCGUCAAAGCAGAUGCAAAGUUUAAGAAGCCCAGAGCACGAAGCAUGUGGAGCUUGGAAGCACACUUCUAUAAUUGCUAAACAUACUGCUGCAAGGUAAAAAUGAAAACCUGAUCAAGACAAUCGCGAGAAUGCGUAAGUUUCUUUGACUGGAUUAUGGUUCAAGUCAUGGUGCUAGAGCACACUCAGGAUCCAUCUCAAUCUGACACAUGCUACAGCGGUAUGUCAGGGCAUUGUCGGUCCUCUGGCAGGCGACGCAUUCACGAUCGAAAAAGCGAUCUUUAGCUCGCAGGAUCAUAGGAUGCUGUGGAUGAACACGAUGUCGGAUUGCCCGUGGGAGCUCCUCUGCACAGGACCUGUGCAGCUUGAAAUUCGGGCAUUGCUGGCAGGAAUAGCUUAUAUCCCCCGAGCAGCUUUUCUUACACGCAGAGCACACAUCACCAUCAUCCUCUGCCAUGUCCACGAGCCUCAGCGCCAUGAUAUCCAGAGGGUGAUCGUGCAGAAAAUGUCUGAUUCGCCCUUCACCCAAGAACUCAUACUUCGUCGUGGGCCUCAGGGCGCAGUCAGGGCUGAGGGUGAAGUUGCAAGCUCUGCACCAGUAAAGGAGGGUACGGUCCCACUUGCCGCAGCCACAACAAGCAUACCUUCCAUUAUUGAACACCAAAGGCAGUGGGUGCAAAGGAUGGAAAGGGUGUUGAGUGAUCUUUUCGGGCAGUUCAGCACAGGACUUGUGGAGGUGAUAGCCCCCACACACUUUGCAGCUAUAGAUCAGAUCAAUGCAACGUUUUUUGCAGGCAUGGCAGCUAACAGAAUUGAUUUCACUCGGAUUCAUGAUCUCGAGUGUCAGAGGAUGUUCAUGCUUGAAGUGUUGAAUCUCCAUCUCUGUCGGUUUUCCUUUCUGGCCAUUGCUUUCAGAUGGAUUCUAAUGCAAUUCUGACCAAGUUUCAUCCUCUAAAAUUGUCUUUGUUGGAUCGGAGAAGUCUGUCUUUUCCUUUUUGGUUUGAUGGAUAAGUCUAUGGAAGAACGUACAAUCAAGUUACUUUGUAAGGAUCACCAUGGUUCGUUUGUUUGUCA